GAUCAACCCGAUCCAUGUAAAUUAAUUUUGAAGUGUAUUAGAUAAUCUCUAAAUACUAUUAAAACAGAACUUUAAAAUCUAAAUGGAAGAGAUAAGGAUCAUUAAUUUUAUUUCACUCCUAUUUCUCCACCAUUGGAUAUUUUUGAUGACGUCAUCGUCGAAUAUACAAGCGUCUUAAAUCUCAACUUACCUCUUACGUUUCAUACCCAAUUUCAUUCCUCACUUUUCUCUACACACAACUAAACGUCAUCAUCGAAUAGAUACACAUCGUCAUUUUGUUUUUCAGAUUCAUCAUCUUCAGGAUAAUUUAAAAUGACAGAGCCUUCUAAAGUCAUUCACGUUCAGAAUGUUGGUCACGAGAUUUCGGAGGCUGUGGAGAAUGUCAACUCAAUAAUCGAACCUUCUUUAAUUGGAAAGAGCUAUGAUGAUGAUCGAGACCUUCUCUUUAAUCUUCUCCACAUCGUUCUUCGAUGGGAACUCGGUCAUAAUAUCAUGGAAAAAAUAGAGCAUACACGACUUUGUCAUAGGUUAUAUGUGUAUUACAUGUUAAAUCUUCUUGCAAUUGUUACUUAUCCGUGUUACUUUUCUUUCAAUUCAAUGUCGAUAGUUUAUUUUUGAUGAAAUUUGCUACGAUCUGAAGCAUAAUUUCAUCAUGUUCUCAGACGAAAUGAUAUUUGUACAGUUUGACUAAUCGGAUAUAAAGCUAUUGUUUGAUUUGA